CUCUGAUUAACAGCACUUUUCUAUUGCACUCUACUCUAAAUUUUCUGACUAUCUCUCACUGAAAUGGCCCAGUUUAGUCACUUUGCUUGAUCCUGGCUCUGGUUGGUUCUUAUUGCUCUCUGGUUUCUUCUGCAUGUUUGUGCUGCUCUUAAGGAUUAGUUUGUAGAAGCUGAGCUUGGAAUCAUGAAGGAUCAGAACUUAAACGAGGAUGUGAUGAAGAUCCUGGAAGAAGCUCCUAAUGCCAGAAAAGCUCUGAGGGAAAACUACGACAAUCUGCUCAAUGUGGCCGACUACUGCUACAACAACUACAUACAGGGUGGUGAGGGCAGUGUGAAGGCGUUGGAAGAAACAAAAAAGUUCACCGCCCAAUCGCUGGCCAGCGUCGCUUACCAGAUAAGCACUCUGGCCAGUAGCGUCCUGAGUCUGCUUGAUGCCCAGACCAAUCAGCUUCGCCACAUGGAGUCGUCUAUCAACCUGAUUGGUCAG